AUGACUGCUGACCAUACGACACCUUAUGCAAUCUAUGGAUUUUUCCGUUCGUUUAGAGGUUCGCUUCCUGACGAGCAGGAUUUUGAAGACUUUGUUGCCACUCUGACAAUCACUCCUUUACAUGCUGUCAUUGAAAAUGUUGUUCCAUUUUUCCGUCGUUCAACCGAUCCUGACCUGCUUACAAAGUUUCAGGUGAUGAUACGUCAAUGUGAACAAAAUUCGGCGUUCGAAAGUACUUUUAUGAGAGUUUGUGACGCUUUGGAUAUGCUUCAGAGGGUGGAAAAAGCUUUGAGAUUUGAUAAACGGUUGAUGGAUGAAUAUUUACGUGCUAUGCAAUUUGAUAAUGCCUCUGCUAGCCAUCAACAAGUGUGGAAUGGUUUGCAAAGAUUUUUGAAUGAAGACUGUGAUCCUCAUACGAAACGAAGAAUGGAAAGAGUUUUUGCAGAACAAAAAGCUAGUGAUGAGCUUGGUCUAAAUGAAGAUGUCCUUGCGGUUGCUUAUUCUUUGAUUGGUGAAGAUGCCUUAUAUAUUGAGAUUCUUGAAACUCUUCAGCUAAAUAAUCGACAAAAUUUACCGUGGGAUACUGUUGUUACUAAAAUUCAAAGGAUUAUCUCUGAAAAAAAACCUCAUGUUUGGCCAAUGCUUAGCAGAUUUUUGAGUGAUGUGCAUAGUGGUCGUGAUGUAUCAACGUAUUCUGUGUGUUGGGAUGAAUAUCUGGAUGAGGAAGUCGUUGGCGAUGAAGAAUACGAACCAGAAAACGAUUUUUCUGCGAUCGAGCAAAAGUUCAGUGAUAUUAAUCUUGAUGCAGAUAAUGGACCAAUCGCUGAGUCAUCGGUGUCACAAGAGCAACAGAAACAGACAAGAGAGGUUAUUGGUGCAGUGUGA